UCUGGAAACCCAUUUAACAUGGAGACGCGAUCAAAAAGAAAACGUAUUGGACCGCUACCCGGGGGCAAUCGCCGGGGCGCACCUGGGGCUGACGCUGGGUGUCUCAGCAUGCGAACCGUCAGCGGUGAGGAGCUGAACAGGCGGGCUCCUACCGACAAAAAUACUACAGCCGAAGUCAUUGACGAUGAUGACAGACUGACAGACAGGACAAACACCCCUAUAGAACCAUACAGCCCAAGCACUAUAUCAUACACACCAUCUUCACGCACAUCGUCACCAUCACUACCAUCGUCCCCUCCUAUAGCUAUUUUAAAUGCAAAUCCAUCCAUACAGACCUUGAAUGUUGCGCGGGAGGCAAGUACCUUCUUACCCGCGUCCACCAAGGCUGGGAAAGCAAGAGUUCGCAUGAAAUGGAGCAGAGAAGUAAACAUAUUCAUCAUGCGAAACUACCUAUAUAUAACGAAAUUAGAAACAGAUUUGACCACCUACAGACAACGUUUACAUGAACUCUUUAAAGAACAAUACCCAUCGAUUAUCGUUUCCGAACAAAGAAUUUCAGAUCAAAGAAGAGCCAUAGUAAGAAAUAAACUCCUACCUCAAGACAUAAUAGACCAACUUAAGAUAGAGAUACGUAGACAACUAGAAGAAGAAUCGAAAAGUAAUACAGACACUAACACUGCUGCACUAACACAAACCAGAUCCCAGAAUAUUCAACAAAUACAACCCUUACAACCUAAUACACAACAGCAAACAUACAAUCAACUGCAACCAUACUCACAAACAUCACACACAGCUACACAAACUGAAACUAUAAUCUUGACGAUAGAAAAUGACGUUGAGCACUUAGAUAACACAGAUAGGAAUACGAUUUCAGAAAAAUAUGUACAAGAAAUACUUAACAAAUUCAAAACAGCGAUCACACAAUAUUCUGGGAUGGAUCCAGCAGCUAGGCCAAAACUCCCUAAGCUGAAACACAGUCCUAACCUUUUUCGAUUAGUAAAUAUCUUCAACGAAAGUAUACUUUACCAGUUUAUGUCCAUCGAUACACAAUUAAUAGAUAUACACACCGUUAUAUACUGCACAGCGUUAGUCAUAUCUGAAGAGCUCAAUUUUAAAAUCACAGAAUACACUGAAAAUUCUAGAUCAAGACACAAUAAUAAACCACCAUGGCAACAAAGAUUAGAAAAAGACAUUGAAAAAUUAAGAGCAGACUGCGGUAGACUUACACAAUACAUUAACAAUAACAGAUCAAACAAAGUAGUUAAAAGAGUUGAAGCGAUUUUUAAAAGCAAUUUUAUUCACACAAGACACGAAAAUAGUAAUACAAAACCUGAAGAAUUCUUAGAUACAUUCAAACAAAAACUUGCCCUCAAGGUUCAUAGGCUCAGAAGAUACAAAAAAGCCCAACAACGCAAAAAAGAUAACGCCAUAUUUGCUACAAAUGAAAAAAUGUUUUAUAGGAACCUAAAUAAACCACACACCGACAGAAUAUCAGAUGAAAAAAUUGAAACACCUACUAUAGAACAUUUAGAAAAUUUUUGGUCUGGCAUAUGGGAACAACAAGUGGAACAUAACAAUGAAGCAGCUUGGAUAACAGAAGAAGAUUUUAAAUGGAGAGGAAUAGAUGAAAUGGAGUUUAAGGAGUUUACGGAAUCUGAUAUCACAAUUAUUACAGCUAGAUUACACAAUUGGAAAUCACCUGGAAUAGAUAAAAUACACAAUUUUUGGUACAAAAAGUUAACCUCACUACACAAAAUUAUAGCAAAAGUUUUUACUGAUAUUGUAUUAGGACGUCAAAAUAUACCUGAAUUUAUUGCAACAGGAAUAACAUACAUGCUACCUAAAACAAAGUACACAACACAACCUUCCCAAUACAGACCAAUUACAUGCCUACCCACUAUUUACAAAAUUUUAACAUCAGCAAUCACAACUAAAAUCAACUUGCACGUCGAACGCCACAAUAUAAUAGCAGAAGAACAGAUAGGAUGUAGGAGAGGCCACAUGGGAUGUAAGGAACAGUUAGUUAUAGAUUCAACUAUUCAUAAACAUGCAACAGCAAAAAAUAGAAAUCUUCAUUGUACCUAUAUAGAUUACCAAAAAGCAUUCGAUAGUAUCCCACAUUCUUGGUUAAUAAAAGUUUUAGAAAUUUAUAAAGUUAAUCCAAAAAUAAUCAUUUUUUUGCGUAGUAUCAUGUCACAUUGGAAAACUACAUUACAGCUAAGUAACCGCCUCAAUACACUUGUAUCUCGACAAAUAUAUAUUAGGAAGGGUAUCUACCAGGGUGACUCACUGAGCCCCUUGUGGUUUUGUCUUGCUCUAAAUCCCUUGUCAGACCUGCUGCAUAAUGCGCGAGACAGUGAGAUAGUGCGAGUCUCUGUUUCCUUGCCAAUUGCUGCGACAUUGUAUCUAUUGACACGGGCCGCUCCGCGUUCGUCGACGACUAUUUUAAGUGGAGGAGCGACGCACGUGUCGCUCGCUUUACAGUGUGCCGCUCACGGGUCCCUCGGCCUUCGCCAGCCUGGCACCGGACCCGACUCCCUCAAUGGGAAAAGGAUCUCCUACCAGGAGCACGAUGACGUCCGUGGGUCGGACGUCGUCGCCGCGAGAGACCGUGGUACAUAUCGCAUCACCGCCCGCCCGCAAUUUCGCGUAAAAUUGGCAGCGCGCGGCGGGCGGGCUGCGGCGGCGCGGAGCGUCGCUCCCGAAAUAGUGUUCGGGCGCGGUCGUGCGCCGUCGGAAGCGGCGCCGCAGUCGCCGAGUGGCAGCGCGCGCGCACCCGCGUCGCCCUAG